CUUUUUUUUCCGAGUUAGUCGAGGGGUGGAGGAGGAACCACGUUAGCAUUACUUCUCCUUGUUAGCAUUAUUUCUCCUCGUUAGCAUUACUUCUCCUCCUUAGCAUUACUUCUUCUAACACAGUCACUUACGCACACACAUACAUACACACGCGCGAGCACUGCACGUGCACUACAGUUGUUAGGGGAUUACAGAUUUGACUGUAAAACGCGAGUGCCGGACGUAAAUAGCAUUGUCCCAAAUAUUAUUUUAAUCAAACUAAUUAAAAAUCUGUACGUUAACCACAUCGUUAAUUUAAUGCAUUGCCCAUCAUAUUAUUAAUACAUUAUAGCCCCCCUUUUAACUUAUUGAACUUUUUUUUUAUUAAUUUAUUAAGACCAAGAAUUCGCUUCGCGUUGCCAAUUGAUUACUGUAUUGUGUAAUUAUUUUGUUUUCCGAUAAUGACGGGUAUACAUUGAAACUGCGUUAGUCCAUAAUAUUGUGGCACGUACGGCUUAUAGCUAGAAGUGACAUUCGUUAUCAAUGGUCGACGUUUACAAAUUCGGAUAUUCAACAGGUCUACGCGUUAAAAACACACAGAGAAUACAUUAUAAUUGUACACCGAUACUUAUAAUACUUGUACAUAAAUGGACAACCCGAGGUAUGAACACGACAAUGCAGGCUUACAUCAAAACUCAACUGUUAUCAAUGGCAAUCUACAGUUAAAUUAUGAUACAGUAAACAAUGAUGUUAUCUUGGCAGUGGACAACGUGGAAUCGUCAAAACUUGAUUCUAACCAGAAGACAACAUUUACCCAACACACUAAAGGCACUUGUCUAAAAAAUCUAACCACUUUUACCAAAAGAAAACUAUUUAUAUUACAAUGGAUUCCUUCUUAUUCGGGUGAUGACUUUCUUGGCGAUCUCUUGGCUGGCAUAACGAUCGGCUUAACUGUAAUACCUCAAUCAAUGGCAUUGGCGGGCAUAGUCGGAGUACCAGCUCAAUAUGGUCUUUAUAGUUCCUUUGUAGGAACAUUCAUUUACUUACUAUUUGGCACAAGCAAAGUAGUCCCUAUGGGACCCACCGCUAUCGUAGGUCUGUUGAUAAACAACACGAUCGGGACCCGGGGAUCAGCUUACGCGACGUUGUUGUGCUUCCUGACCGGCAUCAUCCAGACGCUGAUGAGCUUCGCAGGCUUGGGGAUUAUCAUCAACUUCAUAUCCGUACCGGUGUCCUCGGGGUUCACGUCAGCCUCAGCCAUUCUUAUCAUUACUUCCCAGGUGAAAGACCUUAUCGGCGUCAAGGGUGGUGGCGGAAACCUGUUGAAGAUGGUCCGAACCGUAUUGGAGCACAUCAGUAAUAUACGCAUGGGAGACACGGUCAUGGGCUUCGGGUGCAUAGCGGCAGUGAUGCUCUUAAAGGUAUACGAUAUUAUAUGCAUAUAUAUGUGGUAAUAUAUGUACGAUAUA